CACCAUUGCGGCGCACGGAGAAGGGUUCCGGAUCUCGGGUCCAAUCAGAACUGGGCGCUGCUUCCGGUCUGGCGUCACGCCCAUGACGUGACGCCGUCCAGUCGUAGUUAUCGCCUUCGUCUACGGCCCCUACGCUACACUCCCAUGGUAGCGGCCAUUUUCCUGUACGGAAAAUACCUUCGCUCUCUUACGCCACGUGACCUUAUUUCGCCAGCCAGAGGCCUGGAAUCAAUUAAAGAGCCCACCCCUGCAAGGAGCUGGUUGGCCUGUUCCAUUCCAUUUAUAGGGGUGCUGAGUUAUUCUAUUCCCUCCGGGCGCCCCUGAAGGAGAGGCCGGGCUGAACCCGAGGGGAAGUCGCACAACACGGACAGCACAAUUCUAGCACGCCACCCACUUAGUGCGCACGCGCGGUCUGAAGACAGCCGAGUGACAAGAUGGCAUCUGACAGUGGCGUUUGCGCAUGUGCAGCAGACACCGAGAUGGCACCCCGGCUCGGUAGCCUACGGCAUGCCCCUUCCACGCAUGCGUGGUUGUUCCGUACGCCACAAGUCUUCCCUCGUCGCUGCAGCUACUUCCGGGUUACCGUCAGCAGCCUGUAUGCCGUACACGAUGGCGGCCCCCAGAGGCCGCGUAUGGAAGGGGAAGCGAUCAUCGAUGCGCCCGUAGCAGAUCGCUGGCGUAUUGGUCACAAUGUGAUGGCGAGCGAGCCAACUGCUCAGACUUCUCGGGUGACACGCACAACCUCCCGCUUGACCUCUGGCCCUUGGAAACGCCCAGCUGCCCCAGCCCCUGCUGCAGCUGCCAGUGGGCCCCGCUUCUGGGAGGGGCAGGAUGUGCUGGCCCGCUGGACUGAUGGCCUGCUCUACCUGGGUACCAUCAAGAAGGUGGAUGCUUCACGGCAGGUUUGUCUGGUGCAGUUUGAGGACAAUUCCCAGUUCCUGGUGCUCUGGAAGGACAUUAACCCUGCCGCCGUGCCUGGGGAGGAGCAGCUCUGCUGCGUGUGCUACUCCGAGUCCGUGAGCCCAGAGAACCAGUUGGUGCGGUGUGAGAAAUGUGGGCACACCUACCACCAGGAGUGCCACCUGCCCAGAGUGCUGGAUGCCAGCAGCGAAGGAGCGGGGGGGCUCGCCGCAUGGAUGUGUCGGCAGUGCGUCUUUGCUGUGGCCACCAAGAGGGGCGGUGCACUCAAGAAAGGCCCCUAUGCCAAGGCCAUGUUGAGCAUGAAGCUGGUACUGCCCUAUCAGCUCAAGGCUUUGGAGUGGGACCCUGCGCACCUGACCAAUCGGCAGCAAUGUUACUGCUACUGUGGAGGCCCUGGAGAGUGGAACCUGAAGAUGUUGCAGUGCUGCAGCUGUGCCCAGUGGUUCCAUGAGGCAUGUACCCAGUGUCUGAGCAAGUCACAGCUUUAUGGAGAUAGAUUUUAUGUCUUUGAGUGCUGUGUCUGCACUGGGGGCCCCGAGAGCGUACGGAGACUUCCUCUGAGAUGGGUGGAUGUGGCCCAUCUCAUUCUCUAUCAUCUUAGCAUCUGCUGCAAAAAGAAAUACUUUGACUUUGAGCGGGAGAUCCUGCCGUUUGCCAGCGAGAACUGGGACAACCUGCUCCUGGGAGAGGUGGGGCUGGACAUGGUGGGGAAGGGGCUAGAGCUGAGCAAGGACUGGGAUGGAAAUGAAAGAGGGAAGGGGUGGUACCCAGGCAGAGAGUGGAGUGGGGUGGGAGGGACUUGCUGCAUCCCAGUGCCCCGUCCUCCACCUGCCACGCCCUCGCCCCUACGCUGCAUCCCAGUGCCUUCUGAAAAACUCUGCCACGUUCCACCAAUGUUCAUUUCAGGGAAGGAGAUCAAGAAGCGGAAGGGUCUCUUUGGGCUCCACAUGCGAGUGCCGCCUCCUGCACCUCAGUGCCCUGCCGAUGCCACAGCCCAGCAGCCCCAGGGGCAGCCCUCACUUGCUGACAGUCGCUUCCUUUCAGGGCAGGGCAGCAGUGGGGCAGGGCGCCGGAGGCUACGGAGGCGGAAGGUCCCUCUGGAACCCGCAGACACCAUGGAGCUGAGGAGCAGCAGGGAGAAGUGGCAGCUGGACAGAGCCCUCCCCCAGGAGGGGGUGGAGCCUCCCGUCAGUGCUAGCCAGACCUACUGUGGCUACAGUGGCACUUCCAGCACCUACAACUUCCGCCGCACAGACGCCCGCUGCCUGGAGAGUGCUCCCAUCAGGAUGUUCGCCUCCUUCCACCCCUCUGCCAACACCGCCCGGCCCCUGAGUGCUCCCAUCAGGAUGUUCGCCUCCUUCCACCCCUCUGCCAACACCGCCCGGCCCCUGAGACCAGACCUCCCGGACCCCAGAGAAGUACCUGCCCUGGAGAGCGAGAGCCCUGAGCAACCCCCUGCCCCAUCUCCGCUGCCCCAUGUCAACUGCCCAGCCCCGAGCACCAAGCACCAGCCAGAGCCCCUGGCCUCGCCCUCCUCCUCCAGCUCUUUGUGCCCAGGCCCUGCCCCCUCCACCAGUAGCUACUUUGGAGCCAUGGGGCGCCUGGCCCGUGGGGAGGCUGUCCGCAUCCUGGCCCGAAGAGUCACCCUGGAUGGCACAGUCCAGUACCUGGUGGAAUGGGGUGGAGGGAGCAUGUUCUGAGGGGGGGUAGAAAUGCCAGAGCAACACCUCCUCUCCUGGGGCUGCCGAGUUGUCAGCAUCCCCCCUCUCCCCCCACUGAACAGAACGCACCUCCCGGGAGCCCCCAGGACAGUGCAGGGUCAGGCUUCUCCCGUGGAAGGGGGUGGAUUUGCCCCUCUCUGAUGGGGGGGGGUCUCACCUUCAGCUUGGAUGUAAGGCAGGAACGGCUUAGUCCUGCUCAGAGAAGGGCCCCAGGGUGGAGAGGGGCGCCCCUCCCUCCCCAGGGCAAAUGCUUCAUUUUAGUCAAAGGGUUUAUUUUCUUGUUGCAUUUGUAGGGUUCUGUAAAAACUAUUUAAACGAGGGGGAGAGCAGAGCAUGGGGCACCCCCCGAGAUGGGUCUGGCCAAGGCAGAAUGGGCAGCUCAGCAAGGCCUGGGAGGAAAGGGGUGCCCCCCCGUCACCCAUCCUGCUUUCCCUGCUGUAUGGAGGGCACCGGUUCUGCUCCCCACAGGCCAGCUGUGCCCUCUCCCCCCAGCGUGCUGCUGCUGCCACACUGCCAUUCUGACUGUAAAACCACACCUGCAAUAAACAGCUUGCUGCA